CAUUGUAAUGCAUGUUAUAAAGUGUAUUAUUGCUUCCAUCUCACGGCUGAUGUCAGAGAUGAUAGCGCGUCCGUAGUCGAUGCGUGUGGUUACAAAUAACGAGUGGUUACGAUAAAUUGAUAAUGACAAUCUACAUUUGUCAGUUUCAAGUUAUGACAGGCCGACGUGACACACACAGAUGAUGGAACAGCCGGAAGCACGACCUCUCAUAAGAGAUUCGGAUCUAGCCCUUCAACCCCGUACUACUCCGCGAUACAAAGUCUGGCUUCCUCUUGCCACACAGCAGCUCCGUCUAAGGAACUUGAUACAAGUUAUCGGGUACAACUUAACUACGGAGGAACCUUGCGAAACUAAGAGGUCGUUCUAUUAUACACUCCACAGGACCACUUUGUCUUCACCCUUUUAUACCAGUGAACCCAUUGACAGUGUCAGUCCAAAAUGGGCAAGUCUCGAUGUUCCUAUUCUUCAUACAACUGGACAUUCGGCUGCCAGUGACAUAGUCCUAAGAGUCUGGAGAAGAGUGGAAGUGGGAGACACAACUACCGAUGUUGUCAUUCAGGCCCAUGGACUGUCCCUAACAGGACUGGUCUACUUGGGAACAAAGCUUCCCAGCAACUUAGAAGACCUGCUGAAAGAUAAAUCCUUGAUAUUCUACCUUCAAGGUGGCUACUUUGUUCCACCAUGCUGCUGUGCUAGCCCACCAGAGCUAAAGAAAUACCUGAGUGUAAGCGUCCAAGCAACAGAUGUGAGGGACAGUUACACAGUGAAUAAAUUAUGCAGUUUAAAAAGUAAAAUGCAGGCAUUAAGGCAGCAGUCGGAUUCCGCACGCGCUCUCAGGGAACAAAUUGCCCAAGGCUACGAAACUCAAAUGCAAGUAGUUUACCCUCGAUCGACACUCAACAGGUUGUUGCAACCUAAACAAGCAAGCAAGGAAAAGAAAGCUGCAAGUCUACGAAUUCGGAAGGAAUUGGAGGUCGCAAGAUUUAGAACAAAAUUGCUCGAUCAGGAAAGGAUAAGAAAAGCUGGAGAGAUAAGGGUACUGGGCCAGCUCCAUGCGGGAAUUGUCGAGGAGAACGAAGAUCACGGGUCUGAUCUUAUGGGAAGGUACAGGGAGCUCAAUAGGGACAUCGAACGCCUCCGCGAAUGGCGACAGUGUCAGACUGAAACAAAGGAGCUAUAUCUACAUACUACUGCACGGCUAGCCCACCGCCAAAUACAACUCAUAUCUGAACUGGGUUUCAUCUAUCCCGUCUCUCGAACAGAUGAUGGUAGAUACACGAUUAAUAAUGUCCACUUACCGGACAGUGAAGAGCUGGACUCUUGCAACGACACACAGGUAGCGGUGGCUCUUGGAUCCGUAGCUCACACCACCCAGAUGAUUGCAAAUUUCCUAAACGUUCCUACUAGGUAUCCUAUUAUACACUGUGCUUCACGGAGCAAAGUUAUCGACCAUAUUACGGAAAAUAUACCAGACAAAGAUAGGCAGUUUCCGUUGUUUGCUAGAGGAAAAGACAAGCUACAGUUCCAUUAUGCUGUUUAUCUGUUGAAUAAAAACAUAGCGCAACUGAGGUGGUAUUGCGGAUUACCUACCGUCGAUCUUCGUGCAACACUUCCCAAUCUUGCUUCUCUGAUCAGCAUUAAACCGCAUCUACCUUUGGAAGGAACCAAGAGAACGUUUUCCGGUUCAUCUCUGGAUACCGAUAACAGCAAUUCUAUCAAAUACAAACCACCAGCACCUCCACCGCUACCCGUGAUCUCACCAUUUGAAAACAUAAUAUUUGAAAAGUGCCACAAGCAAACUAGGUCGAUUGGUCGAUCCAAGAGUAUCAGGUGCUCACUCGGUUCAUCCUUGGACCAAGGUCUGAACAAUCAGGAACAGUUAUCUGCAUUAAGCAAUAAAACCAAACGUAUCUGUAAGUCAGCAGAAAGAGCGAUCGAUGAUACAAGGCUAUCCUUACCGAACAAUACUACCGUGGAAGGCAGUGAUCAAACUCUGAAUCAUUCACCUAUGUUUGAAAGCAAUUAUUCACAAAACGGAUUUCAAGGGAAGAAUCAUUCACCGAAAAAUGCUUCCCUAGUUGAUGUUCUUACUUCAAUAGAGAGCGAUAUAGAAAUCACUGUGCCAGUAUCUGUUUCAAAGAGAAAAGGGACAUCGGGCUCUGAUCUGGUAGAGAGCUGCUCCGAUGGCACGAGGCACAGAAGCUCCAACUCCAUAAGUAGCUGUGAAAUGGCCCUGUGUGUUGGGCAGCUAGAUGGUGAGGAGAUCAAAUGUGAACUCGAUGGUGGAGGAGAAACGUUUAUAAUUGAGAAUGCGAAUAAUUCGUUUAUGGAAAAAAGAGAUAGAAAUUCUGAAGUGGAUGGAAAUCCUACCUCAAAUAAAAGCGAGCAGCAACCUACCAAUUUCGAACCUGCACCUGCUUCCAGGAAACCCUGUCCAUCUACAGACUACGCAAUCGCGUGCGCCAGUGGAAUCAUGGAACAGAAGCAGCGAGCAGGUUCCAUAUGCAGCGCUCCAGAUGAAUAUUUUUUAGCAGAGAAAAUCCCGUGGCGAAAGAGAUAUGACUCUGAACCAAGAGAAGUGGAUUUUCCGGAGAGUUGGAAAAGUAGUGGGCAAACUACAAACAGUUCGGAGGAACGACUGCAAUAUCCCGAAUGCGAUCAGGCAAACAGUAGGUCUUUGGUGUUGACGCCGACGCCCAGACUGCGAUCCUCAAAAGAGAGCUUAGAGCCUGAAGACUCACGGGCGUCUUCGGAAUUCAUUGACUCGAUCCGACGAAGUUCUGAAACAGUUUUUGCGCGGACAGAAGCAUUAGCCAAUAAACAGACAAGUUUCAAGGUGAUGCGACCGCGGCAGUAAUUAUGAGAAGACAUCGAAUUAGAGAAAAUGAUCGGCAUGUAUGAAACUCAAUAAUAAUCUGUGAUACGGCAAAUAAAGAAAUUCAUGGACCGAUUUCAGUUCAGAUUAGCAUGUAGCUGAUGCGCUGAAAUAUUGGUAUUCCGUGGCUUCGUUAACAAAAUUAUUGCUAAUGCUCAAUUUAAUUGGCUAGCAGUUUUCUGGCAGUUCCGACCCACAGUGGAAAAAGCGAUAAACCAUCAAAGGGCAAGUUUUAAUUUGAAACUAGACAGAUUAGUACUUGCCCAAUUCACUAUCUAGGCUUCGUUUUAAUUCUACAACGUGGUGAACCGCUGGUAGAGAUGUCACUCCUGAUGCUAAAAUAAACUGCAGUGUAUUCACCUAAUUAUUAUUGUAAGAGAAUUACGUUAGUAUGUAAUGUGUAUAUUACUCAAUAAUGAUUACCUUAGGUUAUUGAA